AUGUUCGUGUAUAAGAGAGAUGGCCGUCGAGAGCCGGUCAAGUUCGACAAAAUCACCGCGCGUGUAUCCAGGUUAUGCUACGGCCUGGACCCCAACCAUGUGGACGCUGUGAAAAUCACUCAGCGUAUUAUCUCUGGUGUCUACGAGGGUGUGACGACUGUGGAGCUGGAUAACCUGGCCGCGGAGACAUGCGCGUACAUGACCACCAUCCACCCAGACUACGCGACCCUGGCAGCUAGAAUCGCUAUUUCCAACUUGCACAAGCAAACCACCAAGCAAUUCUCGCAGGUGGUAAGUGAUCUGUUCCAUUACGUCAACCCCAAGAACGGCAUUCACUCGCCAAUGAUCUCUCAGGAGGUCUUCGACAUAAUCCAAAAGCACAAGGACGAACUCAACUCUGCCAUUGUUUACGACCGUGACUUCCAGUACAAUUACUUUGGUUUCAAGACAUUGGAGCGCUCCUAUUUGCUGAGAAUCAACGGCGAAGUGGCCGAGAGACCUCAGCAUCUGAUCAUGCGUGUUGCCGUCGGCAUCCACGGAGACAACAUCCCAAAGGUGAUCGAGACCUACAACCUGAUGUCAUUGAAGUAUUUCACUCAUGCUUCCCCAACUCUUUUCAACGCUGGUACUCCUCACCCCCAGAUGUCUUCUUGUUUCCUGGUGGCGAUGAAGGAUGACUCCAUCGAAGGUAUUUACGACACUCUAAAGGAGUGUGCAAUGAUCUCCAAGACUGCUGGCGGUAUCGGGUUGCACAUCCACAACAUUCGUUCCACAGGUUCUUACAUUGCCGGCACAAACGGUACCUCUAACGGAUUGAUCCCCAUGAUCCGUGUGUUUAACAACACUGCACGUUACGUGGACCAAGGUGGUAAUAAGAGACCGGGUGCUUUUGCCUUGUACUUGGAGCCUUGGCACUCAGACAUUUUCGACUUUGUUGACAUCCGGAAGAACCAUGGUAAAGAAGAAAUUCGUGCUAGAGAUUUAUUCCCAGCACUGUGGGUACCAGACCUGUUCAUGAAGAGAGUUCAGGAGAACGGCGACUGGACCCUAUUUUCCCCAAGUGAAGCCCCCGGCUUGUCCGAUGUUUAUGGUGACGAGUUUGAAGCGCUGUACGAACGUUACGUUCAGGAAGGUCGCGGCAGAAAGACUAUCAAGGCCCAGAAACUGUGGUAUGCUAUUUUGGAAGCCCAGACAGAAACCGGUACGCCUUUCAUGCUGUACAAGGACGCUUGUAACAGAAAGUCCAACCAGAAGAACUUGGGUGUUAUCAAGUCCUCUAACUUGUGCUGCGAAAUCGUCGAGUACUCCGCUCCAGAUGAGACAGCUGUUUGUAACUUGGCUUCCCUUUCGCUUCCUGCGUUCAUCGAAACUUCCGAAGACGGUCAGACUCAAUGGUACAACUUUGACAAACUGCAUGAGAUUGCUAAAGUUGUGACACACAACCUGAAUCAGGUUAUUGACCGCAACUACUAUCCAGUUGAAAGUGCCAGAAACUCUAACAUGAGACACAGACCAGUCGCUUUGGGUGUACAAGGUUUGGCCGAUGCAUUUAUGAUCUUGCGUAUCCCAUUCGAUUCUCAAGAAGCAAAGGAGCUCAACAUCCAAAUUUUCGAGACUAUCUACCAUGCUGCCCUGGAGCGCUCCAAUGAAUUGGCGGUCGAGCAUGGACCAUAUGAGACUUUCGAAGGCUCUCCUGCUUCCCAAGGUAUCUUGCAGUUCGAUAUGUGGGACAAGAAGCCAACCGACCUAUGGGACUGGGAAACUUUGAAAGCUAAGAUUGUUAAGACCGGUUUAAGAAAUUCUCUGUUAUUGGCUCCAAUGCCUACUGCAUCCACUUCCCAAAUUCUGGGAAACAACGAGUGUUUCGAGCCAUACACCUCUAACAUGUACUCUCGUCGUGUUCUUUCAGGUGAGUUCCAGAUCGUCAAUCCUUACCUGUUGCGUGAUCUGGUCGACCUUGGUAUUUGGAACGACGCAAUGAAGUCCCACAUCAUUUCUGACAAUGGUUCCAUCCAAAACUUGCCAAACAUCCCACAGAAGCUGAAGGACCUAUACAAGACCGUCUGGGAGCUAUCCCAAAAAACUAUCAUCGAGAUGGCUGCUGACCGUGCUUGCUAUAUCGACCAGUCGCAAUCCUUGAACGUGCACAUUCGUGCUCCUACGAUGGGUAAACUGACUAGUAUGCACUUUUACGGUUGGAAGAAGGGUUUGAAGACGGGUAUGUACUACUUGAGAACCCAAGCUGCUUCUGCCGCUAUCCAGUUCACCAUCGAUAAGUCCGUUGCUUCCAUGGCGGGCGACAAAGAGGCUGAUCUUCAAAACUUGCAUAGGCCACUCUACGUUCCCCGCAAAAUGAACUUUAGCGAGGGCGCAGCUAAAGAUAAGGGAAUUGAGGCUCUCAGGGAAACCAGAGAGUCUUCUCCCUCGCCUUCCGUCGACUCAUCUUUGGCUAACAGCGUUGCCUCUCUUAAAAUUGAGGAGGCUAAACCUGUGACGCCCCCAGCUACUACAACAGACGUCGCUGCUGAAGCCAAGUCUGAGGCUACACAGCCAGAAAACGAGGAAUUUGACAUUUACAACUCCAAAGUUAUAGCAUGUGCCAUCGAUAACCCUGGCGCUUGCGAAAUGUGCUCUGGUUAG